UUUCGACAAGAUUAAUAUAAUUAAGUAGUAGAUGAUGCUUUUUGAAAGAAAGAAAGAGAGAGAGAGAAGAGAGAUAUAAGUAGAUUAGAUGAGACAAAAGAGAUGGCAGCAAAACGCGGUGGUUAAAUAGAGAGAUGGUUGAAAGCUAGGUAGCUAAUGUAAUUAAGAUUAAAAAGUUAGAAUGAAUAAUGGUGCAACAACAGCAGUUGAAGCUGCCAGCAUGAUCUGAGCUUACCUAGCUUUGCUUCUUCAAUUUCUGUAUGGCGGUGCCAAGGCAAUAACAGAUCAUGUCGGAGCUUCACCUGUUGACUCCAACCAUCUCAACUAAUUCAACAACUCAUUUUUUAAAGGUUUGAUUUCACUUUUCCUUUAUUUGCUGCAUCUUUUCUACUAAUUUAUUUUAAUUUAAAUUCAAUAUUUUUCUUCAUUUUCAAACGGACGCACAAGUUCACACUCUUUUUACUUUAUUAUCUAUGCUUUAAUUUAUAUUUACAUUCGUAAGUUUUUUUUUUUAUAAAAAAAAAAAACAUAUAUAGUGCAGCUUAGGCUCUUUAGUAGUCAUGAGUUUUCUGUCUCUAUAGAAGAUUAUUUGUUGGGGACCUUGAAAGAUUAGACUUUGAGUUUUGUCUUCAAGAUCUACUGAAUAAGGAUAUAUAUAUAUAAACAUGUGGGGAAAUGGAGCUUCUUUACUUGAAAUCUGGUUAGAAGCAUAAAGAGUAGUGGAAAGGAAUGUCGAGAGAGAUCCACAGAUCAAACCCUAUAAGCUCAACUCAAGAAAGGGAGGCAAUGACAGGUGGAAGGGCAAGAAGGAAAAGGAAUGUUGUAACAUAUAUAGGAUGGAGCUACCUUCGAAUCUGCUGGCGGAUGAGUCAAGCCCGGAAUGGAUGAACAAAGGGGACAACGCAUGGCAGUUAACAGCAGCAACAAUGGUUGGGCUUCAAAGCAUUCCUGGGCUUGUCAUUCUAUACGGAAGCCUUGUAAAGAAAACAUGGGCCAUUAACUCUGCUUUCAUGGCCUUUUAUGCUUUUGCGGCCGUUCUCCUUUGUUGGGUUUCAUGGGCCUUCCACAUGUCAUUCGGGGAUAAAAUGGUAUUUUUCUUGGGAAAACCAGGGGUAGCAUUGGACGAAAAGUUUUUAUUGGGGAAAGCUUUUUUAGGGAAUUUUCCCAAUGCUACAAUGGUAUUUUAUCAAGGUGUGUUUGCUGGGAUUACUUUGAUUUUAAUAGCGGGUGCUUUACUUGGGAGAAUGAAUAUUAAGGCGUGGAUGCUAUUUGUGCCACUUUGGGUAACAUUUUCAUAUAGUGUAACUGCUUUUAGUAUUUGGUGCCCUGAUGGGUGGUUAGCGAAACGCGGUGUUAUUGAUUUUGCUGGGGGGUAUGUUAUUCACCUCUCUGCUGGAGUUGCUGGUUUCACUGCAGCUUAUUGGGUGGGUCCUCGAUCAGAGAAGGACAGAGAAAUAUUUCCGGAAGCAGCAAACAACAUGAUAAUGAUGCUUGCGGGCGCAGGAUUGCUUUGGAUGGGUUGGAGUGGAUUCAACGGUGGAGGUCCAUUUAUGGCUAGUACAAUUGCAUCUCUUGCUAUUCUAAACACACACGUGUGUACUGCUGCUAGCAUCAUCGUAUGGGUCCUACUUGAUACCUUCUAUUUCGGCAAGCCUACCGUGUUUGGCGCUGUUCAGGGCAUGAUCACCGGACUCGUUUGCAUCACACCUGCCGCAGGAGUUGUGCAAGGAUGGGCAGCAAUGUUGAUGGGUUUGAUCUCAGGAAGUAUUCCAUGGUACACAAUGAUGGUACUUCAUAACAAGAUUAAUUUCUUAAACAAAAUUGACGACCCCAUGUCGGUAUUCCACACCCAUGCCGUAGCCGGUGCUCUCGGCGGCAUUCUCACCGGCUUCUUUGCCGUGCCUAAACUUUGUCGUCUUUUCUACAUGGUGCCCAAUUGGGAAAAUUACGUUGGCCUCGCUUAUGGCCUACAAAAUAAAGGUGCAACUCGUGCGGGUUUGAAACAAAUGGCGGUCCAAAUUGAGGCUAUAGUUUUUGUGAUUUGCUUCAACGUUCUUAUGACUAGUUUGAUUUGUCUAGUUGUGGGGGUUAUGGUACCACUUAGGAUUAACAAUGAUGUGUUGCUAAUGGGUGACAAGGCAAUACAUGGAGAAGACGCUUUUGCCAUGAAUAGUGAGACUGCUAAAUUUGUGAACGUUAAGCGCAAUAAGAUUUAUGAUACUCAAGAUUUUUCAUCGAUUCACGAGUCUAGAUCAUUAGACGAGCUUCAAAUGGUAUGAAAUCACACUAUAGUAUAUUUUAGAUUUUGUAACAUUUUAACGAAGGUCAGAUAAAGCUUAUGUUACGUAGCUAAAUCAAGAAAAAUAUUACUAAAUACAUUUUAACCAAUGUUAGAUGAA